AUGGAUUCCGGUUACCUCAAUUCUGGGUAUUGGGGUGACUUGCUCGACGAUUUUGCUUCGGACAGCCCAUCAAACAACCCUGCAACUACCAAAGACAAGGCGACUUGGCCUGGAUCAUUCUUCACGACACAGCCGAAGGUGAAGCGUUUGAAGCGGGAGGAAGACCAGACUGAGCCCAACCUCGAGACCAAGGAUCCAGAUCUCACUUCCUCGGAUGCAAAUCCCCGGCUCCAGACGGUGUUGGACGAUCUCGCGAAGACACAAGAGAAGAUCGCCAGAGACGAAGCAAAGGUGCUGGAAUUGAAGGCAAAGGAGCAGGCACUGACCAACGAGGCGACUCUAUUGCGACGUAAACCAAAAUUAGCAGCACGGAAAGAGUCCAUGCUUGAUAUUGAGGACUGGGAAGUGCGCUAUCUGGCGACCUCACAUUUCGGCAUAGCAGGCCUACGGGUGAAGGCGUCGCAGUGGGUGGAGAGCGGGGAUCCGCCGGCUCUGGCCACAACUCGCCAUAUCAAGACUGUACUGUUUGAUGCACUCACCGAGAUUGACGAUGAGCAGCUCAGAACGUUGCUUAGUCGGAUGCAGAAGUACUGGAAGUGA